AAGAAAGUCUGGAAACCAGAGGGACCGCAUUGUAGAUAGAUUUUUCCCACUCACCUCGAUCACUUCAACACCAAAAACUUCAUUCAAUUAUUUCCAUAACCCUACAUGUCUGCUCCUUCCACGCAUCCCCAUGCCUAAAUCCCGGCAACGCCAAUAACUCCUAAUUUACCCCUCAAAUCCACCAGAAAGGCAAAUCCUUCAACAAUAUGUUAGCUCUUCCACCGCUGCAACUUGCUCUGGCUGCGCUGCUACACCUGAUUAUAACCACCUCCGCAGUCUCCACCACCACUUCUCACCCGGACCACCAACUCUUGAACGUGACACAAGCUCUCUUCGGGACGUCACGAUCAUCGGAAUAUUAUCACGAAGAACUGGUUAACGUUACCGAAAGUGAUGAUCAAGGGGAAUGGAAACUGAAACUCGUCCAUAGGGACUGCUUGUCUUUGAAUAAAGCCGCCGUUUUCUUGAACCAUAGCCACCGUUUUCAUGCACGCAUGCAAAGGGACGUGAAAAGGGUGGCGAGCCUCCUCCUCCGCAUCUCCGGCGGCGGAUUCCACUACGAUGAGGCGGCUGACGGCGUGAACGAUUUUGGAUCGGACAUCGUUUCAGGGAUGGACCAAGGAAGCGGUGAGUAUUUCGUGAGAAUAGGCGUCGGCAGCCCGCCGAGGAGCCAAUAUAUGGUUAUUGAUUCGGGUAGUGAUAUUGUCUGGGUCCAGUGUCAGCCUUGUAACCAAUGCUACAAACAAUCCGACCCGGUUUUCGACCCGGCUGCUUCAGCCUCCUACGGCGGCGUCUCGUGCAGCUCCUCCGUUUGUGACCGGAUCGAGAAUUCGGGUUGCCGUGCCGGUCGGUGUCGUUACGAAGUUAUGUAUGGUGAUGGGUCGUACACGAAAGGGACCCUGGCUCUCGAGACACUCACUUUUGGUCCGACCGUGGUUCAGAACGUGGCCAUCGGGUGCGGCCAUGUUAACCGGGGCAUGUUCAUCGGUGCAGCCGGGUUAUUGGGUCUCGGCGGUGGAUCCAUGUCGCUGGUAGGUCAAUUGGGUGGCCAAACCGGUGGUGCAUUUAGUUACUGUCUAGUAAGUCGGGGCACCAAUUCAUCCGGGUCAUUAGUAUUCGGGCGUGAAGCAAUGCCCGUAGGUGCUGCAUGGGUACCUUUACUACGUAACCCACAAGCCCCUACCUUUUACUACAUCGGGCUUUCGGGUCUCGGAGUCGGAGGCAUUCGGGUACCCAUACCCGAAGACAUUUUCCAACUCACCGAAUUAGGGUUAGGCGGGGUUGUUAUGGACACCGGCACGGCCGUGACAAGGUUCCCGGCCAUUGCUUACGACACCUUCCGCGACGCUUUCACAGAGCAAACCGCUAACCUUCCUCAAGUCACCGGAAUAUCCAUAUUCGACACUUGUUAUAACUUAUCGAGUUUUGUCACGGUUCGAAUCCCGACAGUAUCUUUUUAUUUAUCGAGCGGGCCGAUACUAACCCUACCCGCAAACAACUUUCUUAUACCCGUCGACGAUACGGGGACGUUCUGUUUCGCAUUCGCUUCUUCGGGUUCGGAUCUCUCGAUAAUAGGGAACAUCCAACAAGAAGGGAUCCAAAUAUCGUUCGACGGAGCCAAUGGGUACGUGGGGUUUGGUCCCAGUGACUGCUAAUAAGUUUAUGAUGUGAAGAAAUAGUGAAUUUUGGUAGGUGGGUUUUUGUGUCAAUGGGUUGUUAUUCUUAAUUUAUUGUAUGAUAAAA